AUGACGAUGGUGAGCACAGGUGCCACAGACAAAGGCAUGUCCAGGGGUAAGGCCGUCUUCACCUUGGUGGUCUCCGGAAUCGAGUGUGUCACUGGCAUCAUCGGGAACGGCUUCAUCACGACCGUCCAUGGGGCCGAGUGGGCCAGACGCAAAAGGCUCCCUGUAGGUGACAGCAUUCUCUUGAUGCUGAGCAUCUCCAGGCUCUUGCUACAGAUUUGGAUGAUGCUGGAGAAUAUGUACAGUUUACUUUUCUGGGUCACUUAUAACCAAAACGCAGUGUACAUGCCUUUCAAAGUCAUCAUCGUGUUCCUGAACUACUCCAACCUCUGGCUCGCUACCUGGCUCACCAUCUUCUACUGUCUUAAAAUUGCGAACUUUACUCACCCACUGUUCUCUGUGAUGAAGAGGAAAAUCCUGGCGCUCAUGCCUUGGCUUCUGAGGCUAUCUCUAUUCAUCUCCUUAGGCUUUAGCUUUCCCCUCUCUAAAGACAUCUUCAACGUGUAUGUGAACAGUUCCAUUCCUAAGCCUUUGUCCAACUCCACCGGGAAGAAGUACUUCUCUGAGACCAAUGUGGUCAACCUGGCUCUUCUCUAUAACCUGGGGAUCUUCAUUCCUCUCAUCUUGUUCAUCCUGGCAGCUGCCCUGCUGAUCCUCUCUCUCAAGAGACACACCCUACGCAUAGAAAGCAAUGCCACUGGCUCCAGGGACCCCAGCACGGAGGCUCAUGUGGGGGCCAUCAGAGCUACCAGCUACUUUCUCAUUCUCUACAUUUUCAAUGCAGUUGCUCUAUUUCUUUCUAUGUCCAACAUCUUCGAUGAUAACAGUUCCUGGGAUAUUUUGUGCAAAAUUAUCAUGGCUGCCUACCCAGCUGGCCACUCAGUGCUGCUGAUCUGGGGCAACCCUGGGCUGAGAAGAGCCUGGAAGCGGUUUCAGUCCCGAGCUCAUCUUCACCUGUAA